UAUGUUGGUUCACAGGCAUCAAUUUCAAAAGCUUGCUUACUAACCAAGAAAUCUAGAAUUACUAGACUACACCUUAGAUCUAGAUUCUAGAUUUCUUCUAGAUCUAGUCUACUCUACUUCUAGUCUAUGUUCUAGAUCUAGAGUCUACUUAGCUACACCUACCUAGAUCUAUAUAAGUAUAUUUUUAGUUUUUAUGUAGAUCUAGUCUAGUUUUCUAGGUAAAAUUACAAAUGUCUGAUAAGAUCUCUGUUUUCGCAAGGAUUCGGCCUAUGCUCACACGGGAAAAGGUGGAGAAUAGGCCAACAUUCGUGAAAAGCACAGAGAAGACCAUUACAUGCGAUGGAGAAAUUUUUAAUUUUGACCAAGUAUUUGAUCAGACUGCAACAAACCAAACCAUUUACGAUCAUGUGGCUAAAAAUGUUGUUCUGUCAGCAAUGGAGGGCUAUAAUGCAACUCUCUUUAUGUAUGGUCAAACUGCCUCAGGGAAGACUUAUACUGUUAACCAUAUCCGCCAGGAAGCAUUGACUACAAUUUAUGAUUUCAUUGAAAAUUCCCCAGAUAGGGAAUUCCUUUUACGGAUUUCCUAUCUCGAACUUUAUAAUGAAAGAUUUGAAGACCUUUUGUCCAGUGAUGGUGAAAGCAAAUCAUUAAUGCUAAGAGAAGAUUUAGAAAAGAAUGUCUUUUUGACGAAUCAAACAGAAAUUUUUGUGACCUCCAUACAAGACGUUGCUAACGUAUUAAAAAGAGGGGAUGAAAAGAGACAUGUGGCUGAGACGAAGGCCAAUGACUGCUCCUCAAGAUCACACUGCAUCUUAAGAGUAAUUAUUGAAAGUCGUCUCAGGGAUGAUCCAGACUUGGAAAGUUCAGGGGUCUUUGUAUCCAACCUGACAAUAGUGGACCUGGCAGGUUCUGAAAAAGCCUCUGAUAAUACCAAUUCCUAUCGCUUCAAAGAAGGCUGCAACAUCAACAAAUCUCUUCUGACAUUAUCCCAAGUGAUUCGCAAGCUCAGUGAGGCCUCUGACAAUGAAAACUGUUUUAUAAACUAUCGAGACUCCAAGCUUACACGCUAUUUACAGAAUGCAUUGGGAGGCAACUCCAAGACAGCCAUAAUACUUACAAUAUCACCCACUUCUCUAGAGGAGACAGUAUCGACUCUGAAGUUUGGACAGAAUGCUAAAAAGAUCAAGAACAUACCCAAGAAAAACGAAAUCUUAAAUGAGCAAGCAGAACUGAAAAGAUCCUUAAAAGAAAUUGAGAGGCUGAAAGAAUGCAUCAAAAAACUGGAAUCUACUCAGUCUAGCGAUGAAUUGGAGGAACAGAAAAAGAAACAAAAGGUGUUAACAGAAGAACUCCGCAGUAUGCUCUGCAUAUCUUCAAAAGCAUCAGACAAAAAAGAAAAGAAUCGCAGGCAGACUGUCUGUGUUCCACAGUUCUCGAGAUUUAAGGCAGCUACUGAUGUGUACAUAUCACCUGUGAAAUUGUCUCCACCAGCCAGCAGAAUGCCUUCCAGCCAACAAGGAUCUCCAGAAAUAGAGGAUUUGAAUCUUUCUUUUAAAGAAUACGAAAAAAUCUUUAUCCAGGAAGAUUCAUUUAAGAAACUCUAUGAUGUGAUUUUUAAACUGCAACAAGAAAAUCAAAGCUUGCAAGAAAGGUUGAACUUUAUGAAUCACUUAGAGAACACUGAAGCCCCAUCUCUGGUGUCCAAUGAAAGUUUACUGGACUAUGAUGGUCCAGUGGUUAACUUCACUAUGCCUCUAGACGAGUCCCUAAUGGAUGGCAACCCAAGAAGAAAGUCAUUUGUGCACUGGCAAAAUGUCACCCUGCGUGACCACAGCUGCUCCAAGCCCCCAGCAGUGGACUGCAUCAGUGAAGGGGAAGAGGAGGAGGAAGUCUCUACAGAAAGUACUGCUACUGAAAAUCAAAGUCUGGACUUGGAAACCAAGAUGGUGUCAGAGGAGGGAAAGCUGGACCAGAAGAUGAAGGAAUAUAUUCAGCUUAAGGAUUCUGUGGAAAGUAAGAUAGAGCAGCUUUGCUACCUAGAACAGUUAAGAGAUGAGAUAGAGGAGCUGAAGGAUGAGGCUCAAAAAGAAAGAGAAAAAGUUGUCGAUGAAAGGAACAAAUUUGAAGAUGAAAAGAAGCAAUGGCUUGAGCAGAAAGAAGCAGAAACUGCUCGGUUCAGUGACAAAAAUGUGAUGAUUGAGAAUCAUAAAACAGAUUUAUAUUUCAGAACUGAAAAAAGAGACAUUGACAUCCAGACAGACAUGAACACUGCAAACGUAUUCGAUGAGAUAAGAGAGGGAAAGUACUUGAGUCCAGAAGAAACACUUAGAAUAGAGGAGCUGAAAGAAGAGCUUAUUGCCAAAGAGCUUCAUUUGAGUGAGUUAAAAUAUGCGAUGGAUAAGCUUGAGAGUGCUAUCAGUCAAGAGAGGAAAAGCAUGGAGCAGAUGAAGCAAGAGUUUGCUAACAAAGAGAAAUGUGUUCAACAGAAGACUGACCAGCUGAAGCUUGAAGAAGAACUUUUAAAGGAUAAGCUGGAUGAAUUGAUCUCUAAAGAGAAAUUGCUGUCACGCCAAAAGGAUAGUGAAAUAGAGCUAGAGAAAAAACUGUUGGAAAGUCAGGUCUGUGAACUUGAGGAGAAACUCCUGGUGUUAAGCCCAGAGACAUGUUUGAUGUUUGAACAGGAAAUACAGACAGAUUUAUUUUUGGAAGAACUCAGCCAGUUGCAAAAAGAAAAGCAUCUUUUGCAAUUAGAGAAAGAAAAGGUGGAAGAAAUGAAGAAUGAACUAGCUACCCAACAGUUCUUAUACAGAAUGAAUCAAGAAUCUCAGCAGGAAGAGGAAAUUUGUCACAGAAAAGAGAACAUGUUAGAAGAAAGAAUUAUUGAACUUGAAGAGAAAUUGCUGGCCGCAAAUAAAGAAAGAGGUGAAAUGCUUGAUAUGGAAGCCCAAACUACUGAGCUUUCUAAUUCAUUCUUUGAAGAAAUAGAGGAGAUAAAGAGACACAAAUUAAUAAGAUUAGUUGAGAAUGAGGACCUUGAAAAAAGAAUAGAAGACUUGAAGAACCAGGAAAAUGAAUUGAAAAUCAAAGAGGAAAACCUUGAGAAGUUAGCACAUCAUGUGGAAGCCACUAGAGAAGAAUUAGCAGAAAAGGAAUCACAACUGGUUCAAAAACAAAGUCUUUUAGAUAGACUGAAAGUUGAUCUUGAAUCACAGAUGUCUAAUAUGACAGAGAGAGAAAAAGACUUGGUGGAGCAGGAAAAUGUGUUCAAAUUUAAAGAGGAUGACCUUGAAGCCAAAAGAAAAGACAUAGCUGAAAAAGAAUUAAUUCUGUGUCAAGAACAAAAUCACAUAGAUAGACUGAAAGUUGAUCUUGAAUGCCAGAUUUCUAAUAUGACAGAGAGAGAAAAAGACUUGGUGGAGCAGGAAAAUGUGUUCAAAUUUAAAGAGGAUGACCUUGAAGCCAAAAGAAAAGAAAUAGCUGAAAAAGAAUUAAUUCUGUGUCAGAAACAAAAUCACAUAGAUAGACUGAAAGUUGAUCUUGAAUGCCAGAUUUCUAAUAUGACAGAGAGAGAAAAAGACUUGGUGGAGCAGGAAAAUGUGUUCAAAUGUAAAGAGGAUGACCUUGAAGCUAAAAGAAAAGAAAUAGCUGAAAAAGAAUUCAUUCUAUGUGAAGAACAAAGUCACUUAGAUAGAUUGAAGAUUGAUCUUGAAUGCCAUAUUUCUGAUUUGACUGAUAGAGAAAACUUAAUCCAGCAAGAAGCUGAUCAACUCAAACUUCAAAAAGAAGAGUUAACCCUGAAAGCCAAAUUCCUGGAAGAUGAAAGCCAGUUGAAAAAUAAAGAAGACAUGAUCCACAGCGAGCAAAUAGAACAAUUAAAUGCCCUGCUUGAAGAAGCCCAAAAUGCCCAGAACUUUCUCACCACUGCUCUAGAAGAAAGAUCUCAGGAGUUAGAAGAGGCUAUUGAAGAAAUAGAACAUUUUCAACAAAAAAUAGAAUGGGGCAAAGGUGUAUUAAAUGAGAAAAAUCUAAAAAUAAAAGAGGCAGAGGAAACUCAUCAGAAACUUCAAGCCCAGUUGACAAAGAUGGAGGAGGACAUGGACACCAUGAAAGCUUCAAUAGCAAACCAUGAAUCUCAGCUGGCUGCCAAAGAAGAAGAAUUGCGAAGAGGGAAAAUGACUAUUCAGAAUAUUGAAAAAGACAUGCAAGCUUUACAAUCUAUGUUGAAGCACACAGAAGAAAAGAAUAAAGAGCUUCAAAUGGAGAAUUCUUCAUUAAAUAAAAAGGUUAAAAAUCUCAAGGAAAGCAAUGAGUUGGAUCGAAAUUAUUACCAGAGAGCCAUCGACAACUUAAAGAGGUCUCACAACUUUAAUGUGGACGGCUCAUUUCUUGAGCAGAAAGCUCCUGAAGUGCCUGAGAUUCAAGUAAAAAAGAAACUGGAAUUAGAAUUCAGCCUCCAGAUGAAAGAGUUUGAAAGGUCAAUAUCUGGCAAAGAUAAAAAAAUAGAUGAGUUAAUGGAGGAAAUAACAAAAGUAAAAGAGGAACUUCAUCUAGCCAGGUCUUCAUCUGUUUUAAAAGACAGGAAUCAGCUCCAACGUUCUGAGAACAUUCUAGAAACUAAGAAAGAGAGUGAAGUCAGCAAGUUGCAGGACAGGAUUCUAUCACUGGAAAGAAAGUUAGAGGAAGCCGAUAUGAAAAACUUAAUGAUGCACAAAAAAUAUCAGCAGCUGAAAGUGAAAUUUGCUGAGUCCUAUAAAUUGGGUGCUGCUGAGGCAUUUCAAGAAUUUCAGAGUACUGUGCCCAUGCAAGGAGGUGCUGUUGAAAGUUUCAAACUGGUGAGCCUGGAGAGAGAAAACAGGCAUCUUCAGAAAAAAUUGGCUCGGUUGGAGGAAGAGCUAAGAAAAGAAACAAAACUGGCAAGAAAUGAAUGAACAAUCUUGGAGAAAUAAAAAAAUGAAUGAACUAACAACAUCCUUUAAAAAGAAACCAGUACAAAGUAGCAGUACAAAUAGCAGUACAAAGGUUCUGUUUAUACCAAUCAAUGGUUCUAAUUCAAAUGAAAGCCACUUCAUUCUCCCUAAAAAAUGCAGUACAAGAGAUACAGUACAUGUGAAUAUGUCAAUGAUUGGUUGAUUCAUACCAGUAUUUGAAUAACAUAUAUUUUAGUUUGAUGCCCAAGAUUGGCAUUGACUCUGGACAAAAUACCUGUGUUCAUACACAGUUUGACCCUAAAAGAAAUGUCGAGACAUUUUUGUCAAGAUUUUCAAGAUCAAGCUACUACACUCUUUUAGUAAUUAAGUUCUACAAUAGAACUUAAAAAGAUGUUUAUGGAAAUUGUCUGAAAUUUCAUUUCACUGAAUAGACAUUUGUUUCUCAUAAAAAUUGUGCAAUUGAAAAUGUCUGUUCCAUGUGCUUUUAUAUCUAAUAUUUAUGAAUAUAUAUAUAGAAUAUCCCCUGCUUAUAAGUAUGCUUUAUUGGAAUAUGUUUGAUGUCAAUAUUCAAUAUUUGUAAUAAACUGAGCAAGAGGUGUUUCACUCUAGUAGUUUAGAUUUUCAUAUGUUAUGAACUAGAGGCCUUAAAAAUAUUGACUACUAUUGGACAAAUUUGUCAUCACUGUUGAUGUAAAAAUAAUGUAACUAGGCCUCAAUGUUUCCUAAAUGGAGUAAAGAGAAAGAGCAUCUACAUUGAACCGUUGGGGCACCAUGCAAGAUUUGUUGACCGUCUUUCUCCAUUCUUUUGCCUUAGUUAGAACCUCGUUCAAUGGCAGGUCCAUCCAUUCUUUUAAGUUUCCUUUUUAUCACUUUCUCUGUCUCCCUGUUCUUUUUCCUUCAUUCUUUUUUUGAUUUUGUCCCAUUUACUUGUCAUUCAUUUUUUUCAUAAGCUGUGUCCCUUCAAUAACCUUUCAAUGAUAUAAAUUAUUCAUGUGUACAUUCUUGACCCUACAAGAAGAAUUUUAUAAAGAAAUGAAUGACUCAAAUGUUUGUGAAGUGCUGUGAGUAAGGAGGUAGUAUAAACUUGCCUUUGAUUAUUUGAUAAAUUUGAUUUUUAAAGUUUGGAUGAUUUAAAAGAGGACAAGGGUAUUAAAUUGGAAGGUAGAAUUUACACAAAAAAAGUUUUUGACUUUGUAUAUUGUGAAUAGACACGUUUUAAAAGCAGUGAAUGGGGCAUGAUGGCUGAGUGGUAAAGCACUUGGCCUCUGAACUAGAUCUCAAGUUUAGAAUUUGAACUGUGAGAUUCUUAGGAUGUCCACCCAACUCCAAUGAAUACCAGCCACGUUGAGAAGUAAAGGUGGAUGGUUGUUGUACUAGCCACAUGACACUGUAAUUAAUUGGUCAUAGAAAAAGAUCAGAUUAACAUCAAAGAUGAAAGGUAACUUAAUUAAACUUUCAGGAAAUUGUGUGGGUAUUUCCACUUGUUUGUGUAACACUAUUAUACUAGAUGAAGACAUGAUUGAUUAGUUAGGCCUAAUGACUACAACCUGACAGUUUAUUCAAUUAAUUUUUAGAAAGAACAAAAAAUAAAAAGCUAAAAUAUUUCUCCAAUUUUGACACAAAUAAACAAAAUUAAUAUGACCAUUUUUUUAGGAGCUUGUAGGCUUAUAGGUAUUUAGGCAUGGUUGUAUUUUACAAAGCUGCAACUUUAUUAAUACAUAAAUAAGCCAUUCUAUUUUAAAUAUGUACUGUAAAUAUGCACUGUACAUAAAGAAUUUGUAGAAAUAGCUAUUUGUUCUUCAUGUAUAGCCUUGAAUCUUUUUUUUUUUUUGUUGCUAUUUUGAUUUAUCUGAAUAACUUGUAUGAUAAACUAAUUGUAUAAUGUGUUUGUAAAUAUUCAUAUCAGAUAUUCUCUUUUACUGUUUAUUAUGACAUAGUCUUAAGUUUAAGGAAGAGGGAAGUUGUUUUUUUAUGUAUCAAUGCAGACCACGAGUUCUAUUAUAACUGUCUGCCCUGUCUUUCAGUUUUUCUUGGGGCCAUCUUGGUUUCUUUGUGGCAGUCUGUAUUUAUAUUUAGUGUAUUCUUGCCAUUUUAUGCCCAAAAUGGAGCCCAGACUGCUUUGGUUGAAUCCUUCUAGUACCCUUAAAUGCUUUGCAUGUAUCAGCCAAAUAUAAGAGCCAUAUAGAAGUGCUUUGGGCACCACUGCUUGGUAGAUAUGUAACUAUAUUAUCUAUCAUGUCAUUGCAGAAGUGUUGUAUAUAAAAACAUUCGUACUGAAGUUUAACUGCCAUUAGUUAGAAUCAAUAUCUUAAAUAGAAUAGGGUGUAAUUUUUAACAUUAAGCCUCAAUAUCUUGAACAGAAUAAGGUGUAAUUUUUAACAUUAAGCCACAGAAAUGUGACCCCACAAUGACUAUGCUACUACUACUCUACAAGUAGUAGUUAUUAUUUAUACUUUUUGCAAUCAAUUUUAUUGUUAAAGGCCCAUAGCACUAUUAGAUUUAUGUUAGCUUAGUGCUAUUGUAAUAUGUGAUUUAUAUUUGCUGAAAUUUUAUUGUUUUCUCCUUUGUUUAGUAAUAUUAUUUAUGAUUGGAUUAACAUGAAUUGGUUCUGUUACUUUUCAUAAUAUUUGUCAUUACACUGCAACUUUGCCUUACUGAACAAAAUGUUCUAAUGAGUGAAAAUAAAAGUAAUUUAUUUUCUCA